CACUCACGUCUAGGGCUCUGCCCCGCCUGGGAACGGCACGCUCUCGGCAGAAGAGGAAACCCCAAGCGCGGGAAGCAGCGCUGAGCACCGCGCCCGAGAGGGGCACCGAGGGGAUUGGGGAGCCGGGAAGGGCAGCGGAGCCCGGAUCCGGUGUGGGACAGCCCGGAUCUGGUGUGGCACAGCCCGGAUCCGGUGUGGGACAGCCCCGACCCGGUGUGUGACAGCCCCGAUCCGGUGUGUGACAGCCCCGGUGGGCGAUGCUGCGCUGGCUGCUGGCGGCGCUGGCGGCGCUGGCGCAGGGCACCCUGGCAGCACACGACGUCUCCUGCUGGAAGAAAUGCAACACCUCCAAGCCUUUCCACUGCUCCUGGCCGCCCCUCGGCCCCGCCGGCAGCACCUCCUACAUCCUGACCCUCUGCUUCGAGAAGCAGGGCCGGUGCAGGCGGUUUGAGGCGGGCACGGCCACCAGCUACAUCCCCCCGCAAAGCCAAGUGUACAUCUUUGAUAACACCACGGCCUGGGUGGAGGCACGAUGGAGGGACCAGGUCCGCAGGACCCCCAACCGCACCCUGCACCUCAACGAGGCUGUCAAACUGGAUCUACCCACUGGGAUGUCCUUCUCCAAGAGCGGUGGCCAGCUGAGGGCGCGGGUGCCACAGCCGCAGUGUGACAGCCUGAAGCAGCCACCGCAGCACGAGGCUCGCUUCUGGAGGGUGGGAGACAGCAGCUGGACACAGGUGACAUGUGAGACAGUGAUGCUGACAGCUGAAGAAAACUCAGUGACCUGUCCCCUGGGGGUCAACGGCACCUUCGUGGUCCAGCUCCGGCACAAGCCUCCCCACUGGAGCAGCUACUGGAGUGACUGGAGCAGCAACAUCUUUCCUCCUGCAGCAAUCCUGAGGAGGCCGGUGCUGAGCCAUCAACUGGGCAAACUGGGCAGAGACGGGCAGCGGGUGCUGAGGCUGAGCUGGCAGCCAGUCCUCAUGGAGCAAAAGGACGUCACCUACAAGCUGGACAUCAGCAUGGUGGGGUGUGGCUGUGCAGAGUCGGAUGAGGAGGGCUCGGUGGAGCUGGGCGGGGAGGUGACAGAGCACAGCCUCACCCUGUCCGGGGCGGAGUACCAAAUCCUGCUGACCGCCAGCAAUGCCGCGGGGCAGGGCCCGGCGGGGCAGCUCCGGGUGCCGGCAGAGCAGCGCGCAGGUACCGCCCCUCCAGAGAUGCUCAGCUCCCCCGGCAGCCCUCAGGGCGUAGGGGUUUUUUUUCAGCUACCCCGAAUAUCCCCCGUUUCAUCCCAGAUUGUUGUAUCGCACUAAAUAACGCGGCUCUCAUCACCAGAUCUCAGCUUCAAGGAGAUCAGCGUGGCCGGCAGCACCGUGACUGCGCACUGGGAAGCGCCGGUGCCCGGCGAGGCUUUCUGCUUCGAGCAGCAGACGCUGCCAGAGCCCCCGGAACAGGGAGUCUGCACCGAGCAGGAAUUCCCUGCCAACAGCACCCACGUGCAGAAAGGAGCGCUGGGAGCACGGGGCUGUCGCCGCCUCGCCGUGCACGGCUGGGACACGGAGCGGGGCUGGGCCACCUUCGCCUUGUGGCACCGCUACACCGGCAACGAUUCACUGGACGUGCCCUUCAACAUCAGCACCAGGGAUAGCGAGGCCGUGCUCCGCUGGGAGCCGUCCCCACGGGCCGCCUGCCCCGGUGCCCUGACCAAGUACCUCGUCUGCCACGUGGCCGAGGGGGACAAUGUGACCUACAGUGAAGUGGAGGCCACGGCAUCAAACUACACCCUCCAAAACCUCCAGCCUGGCACAGGUUACAGGGUGGGGGUUUGGGAGGUGACAGAGGACAGCGAGAGGACCUGCAGUGCUUGGUGGCCCUUCCAGACCAGGGCGCUGGGUCCCCAGGGAGCACCGUGGAGAGGCAACCUGAACUACCUGGGCAUCUGGCUUGGUGUCCCGGCUGCAGCUGCCAUCUACCACCUGAGCAAGAGGAGGGCUCGCCGUCUCCUCUUCCCACCCCUUCCCAAGCCUGUGGGCACCAAAGCCACGCAGUUCUCGGCCAGCCAGGGCCAGCCCCGGACAGGCCUCCUGGAGCCCUCGGAGAGGUUCAGCCCAGCCGAGCUGCUGCUGACGGAGCCGAAUCCCAGCGAGGAGACGACUGACACGGGCAGCCAGAGCGAGGUGCCGCUCCCCAACGUGUCGCAGCCCGACCCCGCCAUGGAAAAGCCGGAGACAGCGCUGAUGUCCCCGCCGGGCUGUGGGGAGGAGCUGCCCUUCGCCUACCGCAGGCAGGAGAUGCUGAGCCCGGUGGGAUCUCCCCCCUCCGGCAGCACCAGCUGCACCGGGCACCGACCUGGACAGGAGGAGCAGGAGGAGGAGGAGGAGGAGGAGGGAAGGCAAGGGCUGCAUCAGCCGCUGAUCCCCAUUGCCCUGCUCAUCUCCGACAAGCCCAUCAUCAUCAGGUGUUGA